AUGCUCGCUGCACGAAGAGUGCCGCAGGCAUGUCAAUCCUGUCUAUUCCAUCUCCAAUCCCUAUUUGAAGUCGGCUUUACGCGCACCACCACGCCAACGCGAUCGCGUCCUAUCCGUCGCGGCAUCGCCACUCCGACCUCCUUGAGGGCGUUCUCGACGACAUUGCGGUUCAGGGAUGCGGAACUGGUUAGUUCGAAUGUAGCAGAGGGGAAGGGGUCGCUUGAAGAGACAGUUAGACAUGCGCGUCAGACGUUUGGGGAGACGUUGCCGAAGGACUUUUUGUCGGCGAAGGAAUAUCAGUUGUAUGAGCGGCUGUAUGGGGCUCCUUUAAGGGAGACGACGUAUGAGGAUUUGCAGACUGUUGAGGCGGAUCUUGAGGGUGGGGAGUGGGAUGGGCCGAUCAGUAAUGUGAUUCUUAGAGAGAACGCUGAUGGUGAAUUUGAGGAGGUCGAGAUGGGAGAGGAGUAUGCUGGUGAGGGGCUGGGAGAGGCGGAUGCUUCAGAGAAUGUCGACUACGAAAUCGCAGGACAUACCCGGGGUUCUCUCUCGGCGCAGUUGCAAGAGAUGGAGGUGGCUGUUGAAGAAGCUGUGGAGGCGAACAUGCUCGUCCAAGGCAAGAACCAGCGCGAGGUCGACGCUAUCCUGCGACUACGCCAAGAUAUGGAGAAUGCGCUUGCACAACAACCGCUAGAGGAGACGCAAGAUGUGGAGGAGGAAUUCGUGGCUGAUGAGGAGGGUAUCGAGGAUGUGGAGGAAGAUAUGGAGGAGGACAACUUUUGGGGAAGGGAUGAUGAUGAGUUUGGGAGCAAUAGCGACGAAAUCCGCACUCAUCCGUAUACCAUGGCUGGUCGUUUUGGCACAAACCCGAGUACGACCUUUCUCCCGGAAAAGAGCUUCGUGCAGCCUCUAACGGAGUUACUUCGUCGAUCGGAUAUCAAGCAUUUGACCGAAGCUGCGGAGAAGGCGUUUGGUGGCCCAGGACUCCCACACUCUGCAUCGACGCCUAGCGCUUCCAGCCUGCUCCCUCAAAAGCACAUUGGUCUCGAAGCGUCGCAAUAUAGGAUGAGCGAAAUUGAAGCGGAUGCGUACAUGGCAGCCGUUAUGCCGGGCGUCUACGCCUCGGUCAUGGGAACGCUCGUCGAAACCCGCAAGCGUUUGGGUCCUAAAUGGAUCCAAGACAUGCUUCUCCGCGAAGACCGCCAGGGACCGAGCGUGCUUGAUGCUGGUGCUGGUGGUGCUGGCGCUAUCGCUUGGAAGGAGAUCAUGCAGACGGAGUGGGAUAUUAUGGCUGAUGAAGGGCUUGUUGAGGCAGGGACAAAGGUUCCUGGGAAGUCUACUGUGCUUGCAGGGCCUGAGACACUGCGUGAUCGCAUGUCUGUUGUCCUUGAAAAUACUUCAUUCCUCCCUAGGCUGCCAGACUACAUACACUCCGCCAACUACGAGCGGCGAAUGGACGGUAGCAAGCCCCAGGCCCGUAAGAGCUACGAUGUCAUCAUCGCACCGCACACACUCUUCCCACUAAAAGAAGACUUCAAGCGCAAGAACCAAGUCCGGAACCUGUGGUCGUUGCUGAACCCCGAUGGUGGUGUCCUGAUUUUAAUCGAGAAGGGCCUUCCCAGAGGUUUCGAGGCCAUUGCCGAAGCUCGCUCGUUGCUCCUUGAGAAGCAUAUUGCCUCGCCAGGCGCGACACAUAUUGUCAACGGAAACCUCAAUAACGGCGACCCAGACAUCGAAAAGGACAAGGGCAUGAUCAUCGCGCCUUGCACCAACCACCUCACCUGCCCAAUGUAUCCCGUGCCUGGUAUCAGCUCAGGGAGGAAAGACUACUGCCACUUCGGCCAACGCUACAUCCGCCCCGGCUUCCAACAGCGCGUCCUAGGCGCAAACAGGAAAAACCACGAAGACGCAAAGUUCUCAUACAUUGCUGUACGCCGCGGCGUCGACGCACGCGAUCCCUCUCCCUCAUCCUUAUCCGCGCCUCUAAUCCAAGGCCAAUCAGCCACAGACGCCGCAUUCGCCGGCCACGAAGCCGGCUCCGACCCCGACCUCGGCUACCACACCCAGAAGCCCGCGGACGCUUUCUCUACCCUCUCUCUCCCACGCAUGGUCCUCCUGCCCCUCAAGCGCCGCGGCCACGUAUCCAUCGACCUCUGCACGCCCGCUGGCACGCUCGAGCGCUGGACGGUCCCCAAGUCCUUCAGCGCGCAGGCGUACCGCGAUGCGCGGAAGGCGAAGUGGGGCGAUUUGUGGGCGCUGGGGGCGAAGACGAGGGUGCUGCGGACGGCGAGACUGGGGAAGCCGAUGGAUGUGGCGAGGGAGGUUAUGAGGGCGUCGAAGAAGGCGGGGAAGUGGAAGGGGAGGGAUAUGGUGGAGGCGCAGAAGAGGAGGAAGAGUGGGAAGGAUGUUUAUCAGGUUGAUAUGGGGGAGGAGGGGUUUGAGGGGGUUAAGGAGAUUACGGGGGGGAAACCUUGGCGUGGUGAUAGGAGGACUAAGGGCGGGAGGGUUGUGAGGGAGAAGAGGAUCGAUGAUGAUAGGGAGAGGCGUCAUGGGGCCGACAAGUAUGGCGAUGAUGCCUUGUUUUGAGGGCUGUAUUGAUAUGUAGGGGGUGAUUGUUGUAAGAUAGUGUUGCAUAUAUACGAUAAAAAGGCCGGAGUGGCGUUUGUGGUGGUGUAUAAAUAAGCAAAACGCAGAAAUGCUACGAAAUCAGUAGGGUAGACAAGAGUUCGAAA